UGCCGUGACAAACGCCGGCGCAUCAACUCCCAGCCGCGGCAUUAGUUUUGCUGAAACGCUACCGCUUCAACACGUUUUCAAAAUAUAAACAAUAUUGAGUAUACAACUGCUAUGUUCCAGACUGCCGACAAGUGUUUAGUAAACUUCAGUGUUGUGACAGCGAUAGUUUUUACUUAACUUUGUGCUGUUUAACAGAACGAAAACAUCAGUUUACUGGAUCCGAAAGGUGAAACAUGGCGAUGAAAGAGUGGCUGCAAUGGCUGCCGCCGCCACGCUCGCUGCUGGCUCUGCUGAUAGCCAUCGCAGGCUUCAGCGGGCGCCUCUUCGCAGCGCACGUGACGCACUCGCCGACCCUCCUCGUCGACACCUGCCAUUCCCUCUGCAGACUCGUUGGUCUGAUUACCACACUACUAGCCUUCAAGUACGAAAGAGCGGACGAAGGAACCGGGCGGGAAGGUCGCCUCCGCAACACAUUCGGAUGGGCGCGCAUCGAAGUCGUCGGGCGCCUCUCCGUCCACGUGCUGUUCGCCUCGUUCGCGCUCGCCCUCGUCGUGAACGCGCUCCAACUCGGCGUGCAUUCCUCCCACGGGCAACCUCCUAUAUAUCCGAGGGUGAUAGUAGGCAGCGCCGUAAUCGGACUCAUGUUCCAUGCUAUCAACUACAUGCUACUUGCCGGUCGUGAGCUGAGCUACAGUCGGCGACUAAGUGUGACGGAAGGAGGGGAAGUAGUUUUGAAGACUGGUUCUGCGGAGCCUGUGCUUGCUCAUGCGCCCACCGAUAUUGCCAGUAGUCUGUUUGUGAUGGGAGCCGGGCUGACCCUGGAGUGGGAGCCCGUAGCUGCCAGGAUCGCGGACCCGGCGCUCUCCGCCUCCGCGGCCAUCAUCCUAGUGAUCUUCAACUAUCCAUUCAUGCGUUCCGCUGGGCUGGUGCUUUUGCAAACGGUGCCUGAAGGCUUGGGCGCGUGCGACUUGCGCGCCGCAGCGCUGCGCGUGCCCGGCGUGCUCGCCAUACACGAGCUGCACGUCUGGCAACUGCAUCGGGACCGGCUGGUUGCUACUGCUCACGUCUCCUACGGGUCACAUGAGGCUUAUUUACGAAGUUCAAGCCUGGUAUGCGACAUAUUCAAGCGGUACGGUAUUGGGCUGGUAACUCUUCAGCCCGAAUUCUCGCUAUCUGCUAUCACUGGUACAGAAGAGGAAAAGAAAAUGUUGGUAGAUUUCGCAAACGUCGCCUGCUCCUGUCCUUGCGCGAAGGAAUGCACGGCGCCUCGUUGUUGCCAGGCGCCUCGGAAACCUUCCAUUACGCGUGUUUGAUAGUUUGAAUACCUUUGUUUGAAUGCCAUCUUGAGCGUUUAAAACGUGUUUGAGAUUUUAUGAAGCAUGUUCAGAAUUCUUAUUUAAAUAUCUGACUGAGCCCGUCUCCCUGACCUGAUAACAUUUUAUGGGAUGUUUGAUGAAUCGCACGAAUAUUAAUAUUUAGCUAGGUUAGUCUGUAAUAUUAUGAAAAUCAACUACCGUCCUAGAUAUCUGCAAAAUGUUGAAACGUCCCAAUCGCAAGCGCCGUUUAGUUCAUUCUUUCCUUUCUCGUUUUCUCUUGGGAAAUGCUGAGAGAACAGUCAUAGGUAACGUGAAAAGAGACUCUACUAUCAUUCUGAAUAACAAUUAGGUAUUUAAUUAUUUAUUAGUGAUCAAUGUCAGGUACAACUAACUGCCAUACCUACUAACAUUCCUUCAUCAUCUGGAGUUGAAAUGUUACAUAGUUAGAACCCUGUUCCCAAAUAACAAUCAAGUUCGGAAGCUCCCGGCUCCCAUUUAUAAAGCAGCCUACGCUACGAUGAAUGAUUGGUUGCCAAUUUGUUUAAAUAAUUUUUUUUGCUACAUUUUUUGAGAUGUACUAAGUACGUAUAAGAAUGUAUAAUCAUCACAGACUUUAAUUAUACAAAAUACAGGGUAAAAGUGCUCAUUUUUAGGAUUUUGCGUAAAUCAUUGUGAGGAUAUUAUGCUUAUUUUUAAGAUAUUAAUAUUUUGUGAAGAAAAACUUCUAAAAUAAUAUUUCUAUUCUUACUAGGUACCUUUUACCUAAUAGUAUUUUAAAAAUCGCCACAAAAUAUCUGAGCAAUCUUAACAUACCUAGAAUGUUACAUUUUAUACUACGCUCACAAAUGCUCAUAAUUUUGUUUUUGUAAUACUUACAUAUUUUAUAGUAAGAUAAGUAGGGUAAGAUAGAUAUAAGUAGCUAAGUUACUACCUUUAUUUAAAAAUAUGUUAUAGGUAAGUAAGAAUAAUUAAGUUUACAUCGAAGGUAAUUCAAAAAACAAAAUCAGUACAACCAAAGAACUUUCGAAAACUAAACCUGCAGUUUUUCUAUUUUUAUUAUUAACUCAAAGUAUUUAGUGAAAGUAGUUAACCGUUAUUGAGUAUUUACUUUCACUUAUUAGUUUCUAAUCGGUACAUCUACUCUAUGUAAUUUAUAAAAUGUAAAUACGUAUUUUUGUGAAAUAUUUGUAUUUUAUUUUUUUGAUUAAACAGACCGACCACGUGCGAGUCAGACUCGCGUACCGAGGGUUCCAUGUCUAGGGAGAAUGCGUUUUUGUUGCUUAAAAUAUUAUAUUCAACUACAAAUGUAAGAUUGUAAUUGAUAGUUUCAUCUGAUAAGUAUUUUACUACAAAUUAACGAUUUAUGGAUUUUUGCCUUUACUUGUACCUACUGUGAGACCUUGCUUCUUGCCAAUUUUUUGAUUCAAUAGGUUCAAGUAGGUACAUAGAAGGUUUUGAUUUAUUUACGAGUAUCAAAAUGUGGCACAAGCGACCGUACUUUUUGAUUGCGUUGACUUAAGGUGGGAUUUUUACAACUCGAAGGUAUUUGGUAUUAUGUUCAACUCGAUAUUUUCUCGCGUUCCUGAGAAAAAGAGUCUUGAGCAUUUUAUUUCACAUUGUAGUGACAGACGGUCAACUAAGUGAACAUACCUUUUGAGAUACGGAGCCCUAAAAUCGGGCCUACUGAAAUAUAAACUUUUUUUUAAUGAAUACAGAUGAGUAUUGAGUUUUUAAUUAAUUCACCUACCUAUAGUGCCUUUUAUGUAUAAAAUUACUUUAUGGAAUAUUAUAAUUACAUUUAGCUAGGUAAUAAGUUGAUUUAUUAAUUGUGAUGUUCCUAGACAGUAUUAUGUGACAAAUAUAACGUUGAUAAUAUUAUUCAGUGCCUAAAAAAAAUAUAACAAUGUUGACAAAUUAUAUGAUAAUCUAUGUACAAAGUUUCGUUGAUAAUUGUACAAUAAAUAAAGUAAUUUAACAAGA